AUGGCGGCACUUUUCAUCGCAAUAUACAAACCGCUGGAAGGAAAUUACUACCACUGGGCACUGCACCUGCAAACCCCACACCCUCUCAUAUUCGAAGUCACUGGCUCUCAUCCUUCAUUCUCCACUCAGACUUCGCACGAGACACCAGAAACCUCGAGCCGUCGCGAUCGCUUGGUCGAGAGCAUACAUGUCGGCGACAUCAAUACUGUGGAUAUCGAGCAACUGAAAGAGAAGAUAAACAUACAACACGUCGACAAUGAGACUGUCGAGUGGAACUGCCAGGAUUAUGUUUUGGAGGCGUUGGAAAGUUUGGUUGAGGAAUGUAUUGUUGAUGGAGAUGAUGAGGUGUAUGUUGAUGGUGUUGAGAGAGCGAAGAGGAAGUAUUAUGGGCCGAUGUAAAGUCUUUGGUGCCAACAUAUCUGGAUUCCAACAUGUAUCGCCUGAGGGAAAGAGCGACUCAAAAUGGGACAAUCAAAGAGCAAAAGCAAAAGAAAGCACCAUGAGCAGGAAUCGAACCUGCGACCUCCUCGGAUCUAGACUGACACGGCGUUGAGUAACAACGAAUGACUGCGCACGUGUUAAGACCACGGGUGUGUUAACCACUACACUACCACGGCUG